AUGUCCCCGGCAUCGGCUGCAGCGGCCAGUGAGAGCAACACCUCCACCGUCCCCGAGGAGGAGUCCGACAGCUCCCGAGAGGAGCAGCAGCCUCAGAAACAGUCUCUGACUAAAUCCUUGUGUCAGGAAACCCACUGGAAAUGCCUACUACUGUCCCUGCUGAUGUACGGCUGUGUCGGGGUGAUGGCCUGGUGUCAGGUGACCAAGGUUACACGCCUCUCCUUCGACAGUGCUUACAAAGGAAAGUCUAUGAUGUACCACGACAGUCCCUGUUCCAACGGUUACAUUUACAUUCCUCUGGCCUUCCUGGUAAUGCUCUAUGUGGUAUACCUGGUGGAGUGCUGGCACUGCUACACCAGGAACGAGAUGCAGUACAAGGUGGAUGUGGACAGCGUAGCAGAGCGCAUACAGCGCAUGCAGCAGGCUACGCCCUGCAUCUGGUGGAAGGCCAUCAGUUAUCAUUAUGUCAGGAGGACACGGCAGGUGACACGUUACCGCAAUGGAGAUGCCUACACCACUACACAGGUUUACCACGAGAGAGUGAACACCCAUGUAGCUGAGGCAGAGUUUGACUACGGGAACUGUGGAGUUAAGGACAUCUCAAAGCACCUGCUGGGCCUGGAGGGCUUCCCCAUCACCAGGCUACGGUUCACUAAGUGCUUUAGUUUUGCCAAUGUGGAAUCAGAAAACUCCUACCUGACCCAGCGAGCCAGGUUCUUUACUGAAAAUGAGGGCCUGGAUGAUUACAUGGAGGCCCGUGAGGGGAUGCACCUGAAGAAUGUAGACUUUAAGGAGCAUAUGAUUGCCUUUUCUGACCCUGAUCACCUCCCUUGGUAUGCUUCCAACUCCACUUUUUGGGUAGCAGCUGCUUUCACCCUCUCCUGGCCUCUGCGGGUGCUGACAGAGUUCCACAUUGCCUGUGUGCACUACCAUGUAGAGAAGCUGUUUGGCUUUGACUAUGUGCCAGCAACACCAUCUGAGGAGCGGUCAUAUUGCAGACACAUCCCACGAGUCAACACAGUUGACAGCACAGAGCUAGAGUGGCACAUCCGCUCCAACCAGCAGCUGGUGCCCAGCUACUCGGAGGCAGUUCUCAUGGAUCUGAACCAACUCUCAGGGAGGUGUAACAGCUACUCCAUAUGUGGAUCCUAUGGCAGCUAUAGGCAGAACUGUGAACGCUGCCACCGUGCCAUCAGCAGCUCCUCCAUUUUCUCUCGCAGCGCCCUGAACAUCUGUAACGUGGGGAGCCCCCGCAUUCCCUUCAGCGCCAGCCGCUUUUCAUUGGGUCGGCUAUAUGGCUCCAGGCGGAGCUGCCUGUGGAGAAGUAACGGCAGCCUGAAUGAGCAGUCCUGCCCUACAGAAAGUACACUCUGUCUAUCAGGCCAACAGACAAGUGAGGACAACCCUCCAGCCUAUCAGGAUGCUCUGUACUUCCCAGUGCUCAUUGUCCAUCGCAAUGAAGGCUGCCUCAACCACGACCACCGUUCUCUGCACAGAAAUGGCUCCUGUAUAGAAACUUCACUGUGA